AUGUCCGAGCGCGCUUGCCAGUUGCUGUCCUGCUCGAUGGAGGGCUGCCCCGCGCGCCGGCAGCAGUUCCUGUCGUGGCGGAGCCUGAUCAGGGGCAUGGUGGGCCUGGUGGAGCAGGGCAGCCGCGGCCAUGUGGCGGGGCCCCACGCCGCGCGCGUGAUCUACGACCUCUUCGACCCCGCCGACCCCAGCCACGACGCGGCCGCCGCGGCCCAGAUCCUCGUCACCACGCCGGGCGCAGUCACGGCGCUCGUCGGACUGCUGUCAGCCCUCUCGCGGCGCGGGCGCGACCGGCUUAGCCAGUGCGUGCCCUGCCUCGGGGCACUCUUCUUCCUCCUGGCGGCAGACGCGCCCCGCACCGCGGCGCUGCAGGCGCUGGCGCUGCCAGAGCUCCCUGAUGCGCUGCUGCGCGUCGCAGCUCCGGAGGGGGACGCGCUGAGCGGCGCGUCCGCGGAGGACCUGAGUUUGGCGUGGAACUACGGCGUGAAGCUGGCCCUGUGCCUGGCGCAGCUCGUGAAGGACUCUGAAUCGGCAGGGCGCGCGCUGCCAGAGCCGUGCGCGGCGCAGGUCGGGCCGGUCAUGGACCUGGUCUUUGCCCUCAUGGGGCGCCCGCCACCCAGCCUGCCUGCUGACACGCUGGCCCAGGUGGGCCUCGCGCACCAGGCGGCGGUGCAGGUGCUGCAGGCGCAGCGAGGGGGGGUCCCCGACGAGCGGCAGCUGAUGGAGCAGCUGGUGCAGGCCGAUUGCAAGGCGGCGCAAAAGCAGAGAGAGCAGCAGCAGCAGCAGGACCAGCAGCAGCAGCAGCAGCAGCAGCAGCAGCAGCAGGGGCAGCCGGGGCCUUCUUCGCAGCAAAACGCGCGAGAUGCGGCACCCUCAGUGGUCAGCCCGCCUCCGCGCACCUUCGAGGAGCUGAUGAUGCUGCCGGCGCGCGAGCUGCGGGCGCUGCUGACGUCAUGCGGCGUCAGCGCUGCGGGGCUGGUGGAGAAGGCAGACCUGGCGCGCGAGGUGCUGGACGCACUGCAGCGCAGCAGCGGCGGCGGCGGCGGCGGCGGCGCGAGCAGCGUUCCCGGCAGCCGAUGA